AUGGCCGGACUCGCCCACACGCAGACCGCCGACUCGCUCGCCCAGCAACUCCACGUCGCGCUUGACACGGGUCUCACGGCGAGCCAGGUCGAGAAGAAUCAGCGCAAGUAUGGCAAGAACGUGCUUCCGGAAGAGCCUUCUCCACCGCUGUGGGAGCUCAUCCUCGAGCAGUUCAAGGACCAGCUCGUCCUGAUCCUUCUCGCCUCGGCCGGAAUCUCGCUCGUCCUGGCGUACCUCGAGGAGGGCGAGGACAAGGCGACCGCCUACGUCGAGCCAAUCGUCAUCCUCGCCAUCUUGAUUGCAAAUGCAUGGGUCGGUGUUGUACAGGAGACGAACGCCGAAAAGGCCAUCGAGGCCUUGAUGGAGUACUCGCCUGACGAAGCCAAGGUCAUUCGCGACGGACGAGUGCAGAAGAUUCACGCCGUCGACCUCGUUCCGGGCGAUGUCAUCUCGCUUGCGGUGGGCGACAAGGUCCCUGCCGACAGCCGCGUCGUCAGCAUCAGCUCGGCGAGCUUUACGAUCGACCAGGCGCUGUUGACGGGCGAGAGCUACAGCGUGAGCAAGUCGACUGGUGUCGUCAAGGACGAGAAGGCGGUCAAGCAGGACAUGGUGAACAUGCUCUUCUCGGGCACGACAGUCGUCACGGGCAAGGCGCAGGCGCUCGUCGUUGCUACCGGCACACAGACCGCCAUCGGCGACAUCCACACCUCGAUCACCUCGCAGAUCAGCGAGAAGACGCCGCUCAAGCAGAAGGUCGACGACUUUGGCGAGCAGCUCGCCAAGGUUAUCGCCGUCAUUUGUGUCCUCGUCUGGGUCGUCAACUUCCGCAACUUCAACGACCCGUCGCACGGCGGUCUCGUCAAGGGCGCGAUCUACUACUUCAAGAUCGCCGUCGCCCUUGCUGUUGCCGCCAUUCCCGAGGGUCUUCCCGCCGUCAUCACGACCUGCCUCGCGCUCGGAACGAAGAAGAUGGCUCGCAAGAACGCCAUCGUUCGCUCGCUCCCGUCCGUCGAGACGCUCGGCAGCACCAACGUCAUCUGCUCGGACAAGACUGGAACCCUCACGACCAACCAGAUGAGCGUUGCGAGGGUCUCGGUCGUCGAGAACGGCUCGCUCAAGCAAUUCGAGGUCGAGGGCACAACCUACGCUCCGGUCGGCAGCCUGCUCGAGCCGAACGGCGCCAAGGUCGACUCGCAGACCCUCGCCCGCCCCGCCUUCGCCCGCCUGGCCGAGAUCGCGUCGCUCUGCAACGACGCCAAGAUCGCCUACUCGGAGAAGGACAACAGCUACGCGAGCGUCGGCGAGCCCACCGAGGCUGCCCUCCGCGUUCUCGUCGAGAAGAUCGGCUCUGCCGCCGUCAACUCGUCGCUCUCGUCGCUGUCCGCCCAGGCUCGCGUCAACGCCGUCAACACGGACAUCGAGUCGCGCUUCGCCCGCCUCCUCACCUUCGAGUUCUCCCGGGACCGAAAGUCGAUGUCGGUCCUUGUGCGCGAGAAGAACGCCUCGACCGCUGCGCUCUUCGUCAAGGGUGCUCCCGAGUCGGUACUCGAGCGCUGCGACUUUAUCGAAACCGGAUCAUCUCGUCAGCCGCUCACUCAGCAGCUCCGCGACGAGAUCAACAAGACGGUCCUCAGCUACGGCUCACAGGGUCUCCGCACUCUCGCGCUCGCCUACGUUGACGACGUCGACCCCGACGCCGACCACUACCACACCGACUCAUCGUCGAAGUACAUCGCCUUCGAGCAGAAGAUGACCUUUGCCGGUCUCGUUGGCAUGCUCGACCCGCCCCGCCCCGAGGUCCGCGGUGCGAUCGAGAAGUGCAAAACGGCUGGUGUCCGCGUCGUCGUCAUCACCGGCGACAACAAGAACACGGCCGAGACGAUCUGCCGGCAGAUUGGCGUCUUUGGCGACUCGGAGGACCUGACGGGCAAGAGCUACACGGGCAAGGAGUUCGAUGCGCUUUCGCAGCAGGACAAGGUGACGGCCGUCAUGAACGCCAGCCUGUUCAGCCGCACCGAGCCGGGACACAAGCUCCAGAUCGUCGAGCUCUUGCAGGAGCAGGGUCUCGUCUGCGCGAUGACCGGAGACGGCGUCAAUGAUGCACCUGCGCUCCGUCGCGCUGCCAUCGGUAUUGCGAUGGGGUCCGGCACUGACGUCGCCAAGCUCGCGUCCGACAUGGUCCUCGCCGACGACAACUUUGCUAGUAUCGAGGCCGCCAUCGAGGAAGGUCGCUCAAUCUACGAGAACACCAAGCAGUUCAUCCGUUACCUCAUUUCGUCCAACAUCGGCGAAGUCGUCAGCAUCUUCCUCACGGUCCUCCUUGGCAUGCCCGAAGCGCUUCUCUCCGUCCAGCUCCUCUGGGUCAACCUCGUCACCGACGGUCUCCCUGCAACCGCUCUCGGCUUCAACCCUCCCGACCAUUCCAUCAUGCGCCGCCCGCCUCGCUCGGCGAAGGAGCCGCUCAUCAGCGGAUGGCUCUUCUUCCGUUACCUGAUCAUCGGCAUCUACGUCGGCUGCGCAACCGUCUUUGGCUACGCCUGGUGGUUCAUGUUUUACAAGGGCGGCCCGCAGAUCUCAUGGUACCAGCUUACGCACUUCCACAACUGCUCGGAGCUGUUCCCCUCGAUCGGCUGCGACAUGUUUGCGAACGAGAUGGCCAAGCGCGCGACGACGAUCUCGCUGUCCAUCCUCGUCGUCAUCGAGAUGUUCAACGCCCUCAACUCGCUCGCCGAGAACGAAUCGCUUCUCACCCUUCCCCCGUGGCGCAACAUGUACCUCGUCGGCGCGAUCGCCCUUUCGAUGGCGCUUCACUUCAUGAUCCUCUACGUCCCCUUCUUCGCCACCCUCUUCCAGAUCACGCCUCUCAACCUAGACGAAUGGAAGGCCGUCGUCGCCAUCUCCUUCCCCGUCAUCCUCAUCGACGAGGCGCUCAAGCUCAUCUCGAACGCCUUUGUCGCCCCUCCUGCCAAGCAGAAGACGGAGUAG